AUGGGAAGUGUAAACGUACCAGCAGGGAAGGUGUUCCUCCUCAACUCCCUUCACUUCACGGGUCCUUGCAUACCCAAACCUCUCCUUUUCAUUAUCGAUGGAGAGAUGAUAGCGCAGAGUGAUCCACAGAAGUGGGGAAAUGGUGAGAACGGGGUAAUACCAUGGCUCAUAUUCGAUCAAGUAGAUGGACUUGCAAUCGUAGGGCGCGGCUUGUUGGACGGCCAAGGCAAAUCAUGGUGGGAUAUUCAUUGUAGAGACCAUCCCGGACCCAUGAUGACAUUUAGCAACUGCGGAAAUGUAACAUUAAAGAGUUUGAGAUUUAGAAAUAGUGCACAAACACAUGUUCUUGUGAUGGGAAGCCAAAAUGUGUAUAUCGAUGAUAUCAAAAUAACAUCACCGGAGGCUAGCCCUAACACCGACGGUAUUCACAUCACAUCUUCCACCGCCGUUUCUAUCAAUCAUUCUGACAUCGCCACUGGUGAUGAUUGUGUGUCGAUCGGAGAUCAAGUGAAUAAUUUGAAUGUUACUUUUAUGAAUUGCGGACCUGGUCACGGUGUGAGCAUUGGGAGUUUAGGUAGAGGAGGAACAGAGGUAACAGUGGAAAACAUACGUGUGUCGCACGUUAACUUCACUGGAACAACAAACGGAGCUCGAAUCAAGACUUGGCCUGGAGGAACUGGUUACGUCCGAGGAAUCGAGUUCUUCGAUAUCCGUUUCUCGUCUGUACAAAACCCCAUCAUCAUUGAUCAGUUCUACGGUUGUGCCCCUACAUGCGUUGAGACUAUGAAGGGAGUUCACAUAGAGAAAGUGAGAUACAUGAAGAUGAGUGGAACAUCGGCGACAAAGGUGGCUAUGAAACUCGAGUGUUCAGGGGAGAGUGUUCCAUGUUCCAACCUUUUCAUGAGAGACAUUGACUUAUCUCCGGCCGAUGGUAUUGAUUCUGUCUCCUCUCUCUGCUCUUUUGCUCACGGCUCCGCACAAGGCAUCAUUCGACCUUUAUCCUGUUUCUAA